UCCGACCACAAAAUAUCCCCCCGCGUGCGUCCGACUGUCAAACUAAAAAUAGCAGCAACAUUUUCUUUCCGGUUCCAGGUUUGUUGUUGAUUAGUGUUUUCUAUGUAUUUCUGCACCUGAGCGCAUCAUUUAUUCAAUCGCCCACAAUUUUCGUUGAAAAUUCAGUGCAUUUUGCCUCGCCAGCCAAUUGCUUCUAGAACUAACCUUAAAUUCUCACCAAGCGUCCAUUUCAUAUGUAGACUUCGGUAGAAGAUUGUUAUAUUUAUGUGAUUGGGUGCCCCAACAGUGCCCAAUGGAGCGACCCCUAAGGAGUGUGUUAGAGUAUAUUCGAAACUUCUUCACGUUUCCACAGCCUGAAGGGGUUCGGAAACGCCGGUCUUCGAUUUUCGAUACUCCAAGCAGGGCUAAAAUUAUGAAAAUGUCGCCUUGUUUUGACAAUGUUUCCAGUAGGAUUACACCUAUCAACGAGGCAUAUGGCUCGUGUUUGUUGCCACGUAAAGUAGACCACUCCAAAAGCCCUUCGGUUCUUCAUAUGACUAACAGAAAGCCAAUGAGCGCUCUGAGAGCCGAAGAGGUUGUGUUUGUUGAUGAUGAAGAUGAUAUUACCGAGGUGCCGAGACGAUUCGAUUUCCACAGCAGAGGAAACCACGCGUCUACACCAUAUUUCUCUAAAGUUCAGUCUCAAAAGCAUACCACUUCUAACACAAAUUGCGCUCAGAAUGGAGAUGAUGAUAUCAUUUUCGUAAAAAGCAGCAAAACUCCUGCAAGAAGACAAUUAGAAGCGAAAUUGCUGGGUUUCGACUACAUCAAGGCACAACCCGUCAAAGAAAAGAGUCUUUUCACCAUAGGAUCUGGCAGCACUCAAAGGGGUGCAAAGCCGAAAGACAAGCCUGUAUACAGAUCCCCAAAGAAUAGAUCGCGUGAUUCCCUUUUACUCUCGGACUAUUCGGAUCAGUUGGAAGACAAAAUUCGGUAUAAAAAACUGCUUGAGCAGUCCAGUGGUUGUGAAUCAUCGAGUUUCCACACGCCAGUGGGUAGAAUUUUUGAAAGUUACAACUUGUUUAACUCAGCUAAACCUACAGGUUUGAAUAAAACUGAAGUUAAGCCUAAAGACACUGUUAAAAAUAGGAUUAUGAAAGUGUUGGACGGUUUAGAAAAUGAUCCAGUUGUCGUAAAAGACUCGGAUUCUGAGGACAGUGUCAUUAUCGUAAAUCCUCCAUCUCCCAAGCCGGAUAUCCAGGUUGAUCCUAUAAACAGUUUAAAGAAAAUUGUAGAUUCUUCCGAAGCAAGCAAAGGAGACUGGCUAACCAAAAUAGUAGCAAACCAUAGACAGUAUGUUGAAGAUCGACAACGCGAAAUCGACAACAUCAGACAAUGUAACAAGCAAUCAGAAGAGUUAAAUAGGGACAUUAACAUUGAACUGCUGAGGCGCAAAGUCAGCGACUGUCUUCAACUCAAAGAUCUGAUUCUGCCUGAAAUAAUAUUAGACGCCGAUAGUGAACUUCCGGAAUUAACAGAUGAGCAAUUGCGCAUGGUGGAUAGGGCGUUUAGAGGGCCUCCGAACGAAGUCCUGGCUCAGAAGUUCAAUUUGAACAUAACUAGAAGGGACCUGAUGACUCUUUCAGGGCUGAACUGGCUCAAUGAUGAGGUGAUCAAUUUUUACAUGAAUCUCAUCAUUGAAAGGGGAAAGAACCCGAAAUGGCCCAAGUCCUACGCUUUCAAUACAUUCUUCUACACGAAGCUGACCAAGGAUGGACCUCAAUCUUUGAGACGUUGGACCAAGAAAGUUGACUUGUUUUGCUACGAUCUUAUUUGCGUUCCGAUACACUUGGGUAUGCACUGGUGCAUGGCUAUAAUUGACUUCAGGGAUAAAUCCAUCAGGUACUACGACAGCAUGGGCAGUCCGAACACUAAAUGCCUAGAAGCCUUAAGGAAGUAUCUAGAAGCUGAACACAUGGACAAGAAGAGUUCGGUGUAUAACACCAAAGACUUCACGUUGGAGAACAUGGACGAUAUCCCACAACAAAUGAAUGGAAGCGACUGCGGCAUGUUCGCAUGCACUUUUGCGGAAUUUAUUACGCGCAAUGCCAAAAUCGUAUUUUCGCAAGACGACAUGCCGUAUUUGCGAAAGAAAAUGGUCGUGGAAAUUAUGACCGGUGAUUUGUUGGUACAGUGAAAAUAUCGAUGUUAGAAUUGGCUCGCUAUUCUCAUCAGUAAAGAUAAGGUCUUGGCUGCCCUUCUAUACCCAAUGAUUUGAAUACAUAAUUUCUGUAAGUGUAGUUUUAUUAUUUGUUUGAGCCCCAACGUUCGAUUUUUGUAAAUUAUUUCCAGUAGCAUAAUUACGUAUUUAAGGGUUGUUUUACACUUAAGUCCAUAUGUAGUUGUAAGAUGAGGUCACAGAGUUAACAAAAUAUUCUACUGGGAACUGUUUGAAGGCCAAUAGAAGAAUAUAUAAUUGAUUUCUUACCAACAAUAAAUUUUGAACAGAU